AUGGCUGUUAGUGUCACACCUAUUCGGGACACUAAAUGGCUGACACUGGAAGUAUGUAGAGAGUUCCAAAGGGGUACUUGCUCCAGGCCAGACACGGAAUGUAAAUUUGCACAUCCAUCGAAAAGCUGCCAAGUUGAAAACGGACGCGUAAUCGCCUGCUUUGAUUCAUUGAAAGGUCGUUGCUCCAGGGAGAAUUGCAAAUAUCUUCAUCCACCCCCACACUUAAAAACACAAUUAGAAAUAAAUGGACGCAAUAACUUGAUUCAGCAGAAGAAUAUGGCCAUGUUGGCCCAGCAAAUGCAACUAGCCAAUGCCAUGAUGCCGGGUGCCCCGUUACAACCUGUGCCAAUGUUUUCAGUUGCACCAAGCUUAGCCACCAAUGCAUCAGCAGCCUUCAAUCCCUACCUGGGACCUGUCUCCCCCAGCCUGGUUCCAGCAGAAAUCUUGCCGACCGCACCAAUGUUGGUUACAGGGAAUCCUGGGGUACCAGUACCUGCAGCUGCUGCAGCUGCAGCACAGAAAUUAAUGCGCACGGACAGACUGGAGGUGUGUCGAGAGUACCAGCGUGGCAAUUGCAACAGAGGAGAGAAUGAUUGUCGGUUUGCGCAUCCGGCGGACAGCACAAUGAUUGACACCAAUGACAACACGGUGACCGUGUGUAUGGAUUACAUCAAAGGGCGUUGCUCUCGGGAAAAGUGCAAAUACUUUCACCCUCCUGCACACCUGCAAGCCAAGAUUAAGGCUGCCCAAUACCAGGUCAACCAGGCUGCAGCGGCACAGGCUGCAGCCACCGCAGCUGCCAUGACUCAGUCGGCUGUCAAAUCACUGAAGCGACCCCUCGAGGCAACCUUUGACCUGGGAAUUCCUCAAGCUGUACUUCCCCCAUUACCAAAGAGGCCUGCCCUUGAAAAAACCAACGGUGCCACUGCAGUCUUUAACACUGGGAUUUUCCAAUACCAACAGGCGCUAGCCAACAUGCAGCUUCAGCAGCAUACAGCAUUCCUCCCACCAGGCUCAAUAUUGUGCAUGACGCCCGCUACAAGUGUUGUUCCCAUGGUGCACGGUGCUACGCCAGCCACUGUGUCCGCCGCAACAACAUCCGCCACAAGUGUUCCCUUCGCUGCAACAGGCACAGCCAACCAGAUACCCAUAAUCUCGGCCGAACAUCUGACUAGCCACAAGUAUGUUACCCAGAUGUAGAGCUUUCAUCACUAAGCAAUCAUACUAAAGAGGAAAGGACAGUGUGCUUGGUUAGCGUCAAGGACAAGGUCAUUAGCCAUAUUGUAUAUACCGUCAAGCAACUCACAAAACCCCUCGGCCACAAGACAUCCACAUCCUGCAUGUUAACCAGAAGAAGAGACAACAUGGAAAUCCACCGCACACUGUUGCCUAUACUCUUUGUACAUUUAAUUGAUAUUUGUGCUGAGGUGAUACUCCUGUCUAAAAGAACAUCGUCUUUCUUUUCUAGCACAGAGUUAUGCAUUAAAAUAUGCAUAAAUAAUUCAUUUCCUACAUAGUCAUGCCAUCUUGAAAAGACAGACGAUGGUGUAACCAUGAUUCUAUUAUGUAUUGGUACGUCUGCAGACCAAGAUAUAAUUUUUUAAAAAUAAGUUUAUUUCUUUCAAGGUUUACAAAUAACAAAGGUGCACCUUGUAUUUAAAAAUUGCCAUUAUAGAGGAGAGAGUGCAUGCACAGUCAUUUUUGUUUAAGAGUAAUAUUUUUAAUGUAAUAGAUUGUAAGACAUGGUGAGGGAGGGAUCUGACAGAGAUGAAUGUGCCAAGCAAAACCACAACUGUGUAUCUUUUAAAGCACAUCAUGGCUUUAAGUACCGUGUUGUUAAGGAUUCUCAAAAAGUGCCAUAGACUGUACAUCAAAUUAGAGUAUUAUUUCUUCAGUGUUAUUCUUUUCAGAGCCACAUUUUGUUGCUUUCUUGCUAGUACUAAUCAGUCAAAGGGCACCAUUUAUUUUCUUUUGAAACCAAAGCUGUCUCAGAAAUGGCCAACUUAACUUUACAGUAACAGUAGACAGCACAACACAAACUCCAUACAGAUAAACUCACACAUACUGGAGAUAUAUAUAUAAUAGAUAUAUAAAUAUAUAAAAUUAUUUUAAUGCAUUGUAGUGUAAUAUUUAUGCAUACUAUACUGUAUAACAUGUAAUUCAAAAGGGAUAGGCCAUUUCUGAGACACGAGAACAAAAUUAUUUGAGGAAAUUAUUUUGCUUCUAUUUAUAGCCUCUGUCAAAAGUCAAAAAAGACUAUAAAUGCUUUGCAGAAAUGGUUUCACGUUUGCUUAACUGUUUCAUCACAGUCACAUUCAAAAUAGUGACUCUAAACAAAGAAGAAAGCAGCACUGUCUUCAGAUGCAUGAUAAACCAAAAUACGAAAUGAGAAAUGUUUAAUUAACCUAGUAAUUGGGUGGGAUAAGUACAUGGGUGAAUUUUAUAUGUGAUUUCUUUUUUGUUUUGUUUUGUUUUGUUCAGAUUAACUGCUUAUAGCCUUAGAAAGCCUUUUAAAAAUUAAAACAAAUAGAUGUGCACUCAGUUUUUAAAAAUGGAUUCAUCCAAAGGAAUUCCUUUUUUGUGGUUUGGAUGUUACAGGUAGUAAAGGAUAUUUUUGCUGUGUUCAGCAGUUCUAACAAUUGCUGAAGUAGGGGCCAGGUCACUGGUAGUCAAAGUGUGGAAUGGGAGAAGUGAAAGUUCAGUUAAUAGAACUUUCCAUACUUCCAAGUUUACUGCAAGUUUUUAUGCUUGAGAGAGAUGCUUUUUAAUAUAAGACUGAUGUGUUGAUUUUACUGAUUGUACUGUACAUCUAUUAAAGCCUUAGAUUAUUACAUUACGGGUUGGAACCCAUACCAAUGUAAUUUCAAUCGUGUUAAGAGAGUAAUGGUGACUUCACAUGUUAUUGUAGUUAGUUACAUUAUAGACUAUGACUUAUUUUUCUUGUUAAAAUGUAGUUUUUCAUUUCCUACAUUUAUUAGAUUUUCAUUUUCUAUUAACAAUUGAAUACCAUUUCAGUUUAUAGACUCUUGUUUUAUUAGAUUUUACUGAUGAAUUUUUCAAAAGACAAAAAAAAAAUUUAAAGUAGUUUUUCCUUCAUAACAUAACUCAGUUUUGAAUUACAUGUAGUGUCAUAUGAAUAUUCGUAUUAUUGUUAACUAAAUGAUUUAUAUUUUACUGAUUUAAUAUUAUAGUGUAAGAAUGUCAGUCAUUGUUAGUUCUUGUCUAGUUUUCAUUAAAAGAACAAAGAUCUUUUAUAUGGAUAUCUUAUAAAUAUAUAAUCAUUGUUAAGUAAAAAGUUAAGUUGUUGCUAUUGCAACAAUCCUGGCAGACAAUUGAGUAAUAUUUUGAUGAUUUAUUUUGUUUGUAAUUAGUUAUUAUAAGAAGAUCUAGAUCCUAGAUAUUAGAAUAAAAUUUAUUUUCUACUGUAUCCAUUUCAAAUGUUAAAGUAUUGUUUAAUAUUUUUGAAAUCCCUGAUUAUCAGGCCUUGUUAUAAAUAAGCUGCAUAAUCAAUAACUAGAACAAGGGACUUUUUGUUGAUAAUCCAAAUACUCAAAGUUUACGAAACGAGAAUUAUCGUGUGUGUGCAAACUCUUGAGGGUGUUUAUGCUGCAAUUUAGCAUGUUGGAACGUCUAGAGAGAAGGUUGACUUUUUGCACUUCUGUAUAUAGUCAAAAGAGAGAAACCUGUAUAAUAGUAAGAUCUUAUUUUGAAUAAAAACCUCUAUAAUUACAAGGAGUUUUGUUAAGGCUAAAAAAAUGACAGACUGAGCAAAAUUGCUUGCAAAAGUGACACAGAGUUAGCACUCCAUACCCCUUCAGACAUGUCGCUUUGCUUUUUGUGGAAAGCUUGUAGUUUGCCAGGAUUUUUUCAGCUGGAAAGAUAUACCAUCCUUCCAAGAUCUCAUGACUGACAAAAAAAAAAAAAACAAACAACUCCAUUGGGCCAAAUCUGCCUGAAGAUCAUUACCAAAAAUAGCAGGUACUUCAACCAUUAAGGUGAAAUCAUGGAUCAAAUAUUCCUUACAUUUUUUCCAGACUACUGCAUGUUUAAAACUUCAAAGACAAACGAGAGAGAGAAAAAGAACUAUACUAAGGACAUAUAUUAUUCAAAUCUGUUUCUGACAAUUUCAGUGGUUUCUUGUUCGCAAAACAAAAACCUUCAAAAGAAGUUUUGACCGUCACAAAAUUUAAACCAUUAAACAGGCAAACCAAACAGCACACCGUAGCUAUAGUUGUUAUGUGACUUUUUUAAUUGAAGUAGGAUUCCUGUUCUUUCAGCAGGUGAGAAAAUAAAACACAGUUUAAAGUUCAAGGUUUUCAUUUUCAACUCAGAAGCACUCAAAAAAAGCAAAACGUGAACCUGGGCACUUGUUUAAUGAAUUCUUGUACCCAGCUUCCCUCCAGCUGGGUCUUAAUGUUGCACUUAUCAGCAACUGUCUCACUCUCCCCUGCUAAAAGGACAGAUAUGCUUGGUUUUACUAUUAUGUAAUCACAACUUACUUUCUGCUUGUAGUUGCUUAAAAUUAUGUAUUUUGUCUUGGGCUGCAAUUUGUUUUAUGCUUAUUUUAUUAUUACUGCAGUAGUUGACUUUGCUGUAUGGACAAAUAAAGUGAAAUUGCCCUAAUAAAACUUCUCUUUCUUAA